AUGCCCCAAAUCUCCGCGGACACUGGCCUCAAGGUCUGUGUGGGGAUAUUCUUGCUGAGCUCUCUAUUUCUUACCACGUCCUACAAUGCCACCUUCGCCUUUGACCGCCCGGUCGACACGGCCAUCCUGGUGUGUGUUCUUCUGGGCCUGGCUUUGAUGAUAUGGGCUCGUUUGGUUCCAUCAGUACAUCGACCGCCAACGCCAACGCGCAAACCGUCUGGCAGUCUCUUCUCCGACCAGUUGGAACUGCCUUCGCGGAGUCCAUCAGAGACCCAAUCGCCGGUAUCCACCCCAUUCUCGGUCUCUUCCCCCUUCUCGGUAUCCUCGCCGGCUUCCGUCUUCAGUGGCUUUAGCAAUCCAGACACUCCUCUGUCCUGGAGAUCACGAUGGCAAACCACCCAGUGGACCAAGGUCGCUCUUCUGGCCGGACUAUGCGGUCUACGCAUUGAGACGUUCCGCCGGAUCACGCUCCAUACCGAAUGCACGCCCGCUACGUAUGAAUCCAUGCGCCAUCAGUAUGCCGUCCCUUUUGCCGUCUCUCUGUACGACUACUGCCGCAAUCAGCGGUCCCGGAAACCGAGCGACUACAUGCCUUUAACGCAAUCGCCGCAACCACAGUCGCCCUCUCUGUCCCUUCCCAGCCGGGGGGUUCUGUCCUACCUAUUCCACGGCCGUUUGCGAGGCGUGAUAGCUGCCUCCUUGCUCUUGGUUGGUGGCUUCUUGGCCUCCUCGCUUCCGGCUGGACAACAGUCGACCUACAUCUGUCCCGAGGUGAUCGGCGAGGCAUUGCGCCUACGGACAUACAAGAUUUCGAACAUCCUCCUCGACUCAUGUCUUCUGAUUGGUAUCGCCGAAUUAUGGCGCGAAAUCAGCAGGAUGCAAGAGGUGCAGCGACGACGCACAGUGGUGUCUCUGGGAAUCGGUCUAUUUGGCGUGGCCUUGGUUUGGACGAUCAUCGGGAUUUUUGUGCAGCGUCACCUCCCUGAGCACAACGGUCAGCUAUUUCUGGAUGCAAAAUAUUCACGCAGUGCUCUGAGCCAGGCACUGCUGGCGGUCAUUUUGGUGUUGUCAGCCUGGCAUAUUCUGCCGCACUAUGGCAUCGUUGGGGUGUCAAUUCUUGCAGGGUUUGUCUUCAUUUACACAUUUGCCGUGUCGACACUAUACGCAGAACCAGCGCCUUUCCCGUUUAUUUCCCCCUUCUACGCCGUCAUUGCCUUAGGAACAUCUUUGAUGGGGACUCUGCUGUUCCUUGGUGCACAAGUUGCCUCCGAAAAGGAGACGAGGCCCUUUCGCCGAACCAACAUUGCUCUCCAAGUUGUAUUUGUUUCGCUCUUUGGAAUAGGUCUGUGGUUCGUCGUCAAAAAGGAGGGACUAGUUCAUUCACACCCGAUCGACGUGCUCAUUCAAAAUGGAAGAGCCAAUCACCAGAACUUCCUGAUGCAAGCUAAGAGCAGUAACAACAUUGAAGAGGCCGUCAUGGAAUAUCGGCGGCGAUAUAAUCAGCAUCCACCACCGGGUUUUGACAAAUGGUAUGAGUAUGCGACCAAUCGAUCCUCAGUCGUCAUAGACGAUUUCGAUCAGAUCUAUGAUAAUCUGCUUCCAUUCCGGGGCCUGCGUCCCGAUCAAUUACGAAAGAUGACGCACAAGCUCGCGACAAAUCCGUUCAAUGAUCUCGGGGCCAUCAGUAUCCGCAAUGGGAAAGCUAGAGUGCAAGAAGGGAUCAAGCCGACCCAUGCUUGGAUGGUAUUCGGGGCUGCAAAUAUGAUUGAGAAGUUCUCUGAACACCUCCCGGACAUGGAUCUGGUCUUCAACCUGAAUGAUGAGCCUCGAAUCGCCGUGCCGUAUAGGAAGGUGAGAGCACUGAAGCGGAUCGUACAUCACCAAACUCCCGUCCCCAAAGAGGAAAUUCUCAACAGCUGGUCAAUGGACCGAGAUCAAGGCUGGGGCCCGAUUGAGCCUGCUCACCAAACCAACGAGACGGUAUUUACGGACAGUUCAUGGAGAGGAAUAUUCGACCCGUAUGUGAGCGUAACCUGUCCACCGUCGUCCAAAGCGCGCACUCAGAGGAUUUGGGACCGCCACGAUAUAUGUAUCAGCUGUGCAGCACCACACUCGAUGGGCCAGUUCCCCUUGGACUUUAAUCUCGCCUCCGACAUCUGCCAUCAACCAGACCUGGCUUUUCUUCACGGACUGUUGUUAUCUCCGGCGUCAUUCAAGGUCUCCCAGGAACUUGUGCCCGUGUUCAGCCAGAGUGCGCUAUCCAGCUUCAGUGACAUCCUGUUCCCAAGCCCGUGGAACUACAUGGACAAAGUCGAAUACAAGCCCUCCCAGGAACAUCCAGAUCUCGCGUGGCCCAACAAAGAAAACGAUCUCUUCUGGAUUGGCAGUACAUCCGAGGGAGUCAGUCGCUUCGGCGAGUGGAAAGGUAUGCCGCGACAACGGACUGCACACCUGAUCAACAACAACACACGUGGCCGCGUCUCCGUUCUACUCCCAACAGGUGAACCAGACUCUUACCGCUACGAGGUUCUUUCGGGAACCGCGCCAACCUUCCAACUCGAUUUACAAACAAAUGUCCACCUCGCCGACCCCAUCGUCCGCUGCGACGACUGCGAGCUCCAGCGCGCCGAAAUGGGCACCGUGUCCUGGGUCGACUUCCAAAAGCACUGGACCCACAAGUUUCUCUUCGACCUCGACGGCGCCGGUUUCAGCGGGCGCUUCCUCCCCUUCCUCCAGAGCCGCAGUCUUCCCUUGAAGACGGGGUUGUUCCGACAAUGGUUUGACUCGCGGAUUACGUCAUGGGUCCAUUUCGUACCUGUCGAUAUUCGCCUCCACGGUCUCUGGAGUACCCUGGCUUAUUUCACAGGUGUCUCAUCCGAUCAUGCACCGAAUCGCAUGAUGGAGCACCAGAAGCAGGGCCGCAUAAUUGCUGAGGAGGGUCGUCAGUGGGUUGGGAACGCUCUACGCAAGGAAGAUAUGGAAAUUUACUUCUUCCGCCUACUUCUGGAAUGGGGCCGUUUGACAGAUGACCGGCGCGAUGUGUUGGGUUACAAAAGUUGA